AUGCGCAUUAUUUCGUGGAAUAUAAAUGGCAUACGGACCCUGCCAAAGUAUCAUCCAUGGAAUACAUUCAAAACCUGCGAAGAGAUCCUCGACGCGUUAAAUGCGGAUAUCAUCUGCUUUCAGGAGAUGAAGUCCUCGCGUGCAACAUUGCAACGAGACGCCGCCCUACCAGGUCAAUAUCACUCCUUCUUCUCCUUCCCGAUCAACAAGGGCGGAUAUAGCGGCGUCGCUGUAUACACCAACUCGAGGAGAGUGACGCCUCUCAGAGCAGAAGAAGGUCUCUCGGGUAUGCUUCAGCCUAAGCCACCGCUGUCUGAGGAAGAGCGCGUCUCACCUUCGUAUCCCCAACCGCACCACAUUGAUUUUUACUCGGACGAACAGUCCGAUGUUCCUCUGGACUUCGGCUUGUUUGUUCUGAUCAACGUCUACUGCCCGGCUGAGACGACCGAGACGCGGUUGCCAUUCAAGAUGAACUUUCAUCUCAUGCUUCAGGAGCGCGUGCGGAAACUCGUCGAGGAAGAACAUCGCGAAGUCAUGGUUCUUGGGGACAUCAACGUCUCUGCAACCCCUUUGGAUCACGCUGAUGGAAAUCUUCCGAGCAACGCUGCGAAGUGGAUGCGAAAGUGGUUGGAACCCGACGGACCUAUGGUCGACGCUAUACGACCAUUCUGGCCUGACAGGAAGGGCAUGUUCACGUGUUGGAACACGAGGCUCCAGGCCCGGGAGACGAAUUAUGGCGCUCGCAUAGACUACGUUCUCGUCACGCGCGGCCUGCUUCCCUGGGCUUCGCUUAAAGGUUCCGACCACUGCCCCAUCUACGUUGACCUACACGACGAGCUCGCGCUUGAUUCCGGAGAAACAGUCAAGCUCUCAGACAUGAUGAAGCAGACGGAAGGUAUGCAGCCUCCUAGAAUAGCUGCAAAGUACUGGGAGGAGCUAGCCGGGAAACAGACGAUGCUUUCCAGCUUCUUCGGCAAACGUAGCGCUCAGUCGCCUGCCGCAGAGACCUCACCUCCUUCCGACGCUGUGAUGGUUCCUACACCUUCCUUGCCGCCGUCACAAUCUUCGUCGACAAUGUCAACAUCAGCACUUCCUGCCGAAAACAAUGUGACAGCUGCUGCGUCUUCACAAGGACAAUCGAAGGCGGCUCAAAAGCGACUGCCGCACGCCAGGAAGCCCGUGGACAAGUCCGGUAACUCCAGCAAAAAGCGAAAACAGGAUCCAUCGCAAUCGAACAUCUCGUCGUUCUUCGGCAAACCAUCCGCCAGCACUUCCAAGUCACCGUCCAAAGAGGUCAUCGUCGUGGAUGACGAUGAACCUCGCAACCCCGAACAAACCGCGUGGGCCGGCCUCUUUGCGCCGCUCAAACCACCAAACUGCAGCGUCCACAGCGAGCCGGCGAAGCUAUGGACGGUGAACAAGCCAGGACCCAAUAAAGGCAAGAAAUUCUAUCUGUGCUCACGACCCGUAGGUCCUGGAUAUGACAAAGGCAAAGGCGAACGCCUUCGCGAGGAAGUGAACCACGAGUACCGGUGUAACUUUUUCAAGUGGGCGAGUGAAGUCAAGAAGGAAGCCCUUACUCGACAAUCGCCAAGACCCAGUGUGACUUAA